UAAAACCAUUUUAAAAAGCAGGCAACGGUAGUUAUUUAUUUGAAGAUGCGGGGCAGGUGUGAACACUUGAAUCUCCGGCGAUGAUGAUGGUCUACAAGUUCUGAUAUACCGUAAAUACCGAAUGGUUGUUAAAAUACCAAUUCACUGCAGAAGAACCAGCGGUCAAGUCACGGUAACACUGAAAACAAAAAAUGCAAGAUGCAGGCGUAAAUUCGAAUUGAAAAAAACACUCUGAUCGCGAUUAGGACAUCGGUUAAAAUCCUUUUUGGGACGAAAAGGACUCGACCCGCAGUGCGCGACAAUUGUGCCCAAAUUGGGGAAGCCACAGAGGGCGUAAAAACUAGCGCCAUGAGGAAGCGCAGCAGCACUCGCUGCAAUUCAGACAAUUUUAAGGAGCAGCAGAUGGAUCACAAUAGUGACGACAUUAGCCUGUUGCAGCGCCCACUGCGCACCGCCCACACGGGAUUCGAGGAAGCGCGCCGCGCCUACGAGGAUGGCACCAGCGAGGUGCGUCAGCUGUUGAGCCUGGAGUGCAGCCUGAUCUACGAGUGCAAAGUCUGCCGGAACAUGUUCCGCAGCCUGGCGAAUUUCAUCAGCCACAAGCGCGUCUUUUGCUGCGUCAGCGCUCGCUCCGCAAAUGGCAAUGGAUACACAGAUCAGAACUCCACGAUGAUCAUACAAACUGGCAGUGGGCCGUCGCCGCAGGACAUCGAGCACAUGCUGCGCAGCCGGAGCACGGGCUGUUCUCCAGUGCCACGCGAGGCGCGUCCCAUUCGGGGUGGCGGCGGCAUGCGAGACCUGAGCGGCGUCAUCGAACGCCUGAGACGCGAGAAGGCCCCGGCUCAGGCGAGGAGGAGCUCGCCCACGGUUCUGCAACUGGAAUCUGUACCCACCUCCAGCCACGCCGUUUACCAGACCAUUAAGGUCGAUCAGGAGGACAGCAUCCGGACGGAGUUGGACGAAGUGCAUCGCAUGCUCAAUCCAGCCGAAACAGUUGUCGGCCCAGAUGGCAAGGCUUUGACUACGAUCAAGAUGGAGCGUCAGGCCGGCAGUGAUUCCGGCGAGAACGGCGAUCAGUCCAUCAGUGACGAAGCCGAGACGAGCAUCUUCUGCGAGAUUUGCAACCUGACGUUUCAGACCCACAAAACGCUCGAGCUGCACAUUCAGAAGCAUCACUCAUCGUCGUCGUUUGUAUUCCAGUGCCCCGCCUGUUCGUUAACCUUUCUGCAAGCCGCUGCAGUUAUUCGUCAUCUAUCCAAGGACCACAAGAAACCUACUCGUCGUAUUCGCAUGAUGCGGAAUACUAUCCUGAAGCGUCGUGUCCAGCAGGGAGAUGUUCAGAACAAGGGUCCAUGCCGUGAGUUGAAGCGUUUGCAGCUCUCUGAUGAUGUGGUUGGUUACGUUCCAGAGCCAUUGAAUGCCAGCGGUGAGCAGCGCAAGAUCAUGUCCUUGUGCAUCUACUGCGAGAAGUCCUUUGAAAGACGCGCAGCUUUAUCCACCCAUUUGUUGAACUGUCGUGCCAAACAGGAGGCGCUGGCCAAGCCUGCUCCUUCGGUCAAGAAGCUGAAGACGAAAAGCAACGAUUCCAGCUUGGACGCAGCCGAUGAAGAUCCAGCUGCCUCCAUGGACCUGCCGAAAAGUAAGCCUGCUGAAGUAAGUACUCUGCACGAUAUGUUUGCUGGUCUACCCGAGCCGAAUGACUCGUUUGGUCCUGGCCUGCACACAGUCUCGUUGGAUAAGCUUCAAUUGGCCAAUGAAAGUGAUUCGGCCAGCGAUGAGGCCUCAAACAGCGAUGAUGAGCACGAGCAGGAGCCUGAUCAUGAACCUGGAGUUGCUCCGGAUUCCAUUGCCGAUGCAGAAGAUGCAAAGGGCAAGAUCAAAAAGAAACGUAAUGUCCCAGUGGAGAAGCAGCUGCGCUGCCGCUGCAAGAUCUGUCACAAGCAGUUCAAUGCCCUUGGAAACCUGCGUCGUCACAUAUCUAUGUUCCACUACCGCGCCCGUCGAUUCGGGUGCAAUCUGUGCGAUUAUCGGGCCUUUCGGCGCUACGAUAUUGUCAACCAUCUGGGUUUCACCCACAAGAUAGAAGGAGAUCGGGACCAGCUAACGGAGCAGUAUGUGUCAACUCACGAAUGCGAAUACUCUCGUGACGAUGUGGAUGGCGAUAUAAUUCUGCUUGAUAAGGAAGAGGAGGCAUCUGCAGUGGAAGCGGACCAAAAACCUCCAAUAAAGACCUACGAACGGCGCUUGAAGCGCGUCAAGGCUGAAACCGAAUCUACGGGUGAUGUGCGACCCAUAUCUCCGACAGCUGAAAUAAAAGAAGAGCCCGGCCUGGAACCGCUGGAGCCCAUUCCAACACCCGCGCCCAGCAAGAAGCGUCGCAAGUCCCGCACUCAAAUCUCACCCGAUUCUGGGGAUCAGGAAAAGCGUCCGAUCCGCAAGCGAGUCAAGGCGGUCAACAAGGACUUUGUUUACGAUUUGGUUGCCUUCAAGCAGGAUGCUUCUGGUCAACAGACACCCGCAGGCGUACCCGUGGAGUCCAUGCGAGCUAAGCUGCGGCGCCAGCCUACGGGUAAUUCUGAUGAGAACAAGCCCAAGCAGUGGGCGGCAUACAUAACAGAGGCCAAGAAGCCUCUGAUACUGGGAAUCACGCGUCGCAUAAUGCUGGAAUUGGUGGGCCAGGGUCGAGCCGUAUCGGCCACAUUGCCGGAAUUGCCAUCGGAACGGCCUCAGAUACGGCCACGCCUUAUUUCGCAUACACGCAGCGACAGUGGUCAGCAACAGCAGAAUCCGAAUGUGGUGGAAACAGUGCCGACUCCCGCCCCAGAAACCGAGAGUUUCAUAGAGAAGAUAGCCAAGCGCACGGCAGCAGCUGGAAAGGAUAAUGCUACCAUCAGCAACCUGUGGAACAAGGUCAAUAUUGCGAUUGCCCAGCAGCAGCAACAGGAGCAUGAACAGCAGUUGAAAAAGGAACGGGAGCGUGAGCAACAAGCGCUGGAGAAGAAGCCGGAGGAGGAGGAAGCACCACAAGUGGAUCAACCAAAAAGCCCCCUGUCCGAGCCACACUCUCCGCCCCGCAUAUGCGACGCCUCCGCUUUGGAAACUCAGGAAUGCCUUGGCGGUAAGAGCGGUAUACCUGGAGCAUCCACAAUGUUUCCAGCGCUACCGAAGCCGCCAUCCGUUCUGCAGGCAGCCGCCAAUGGAACCAUCCAGCUAACCCUAGACAGUCUUCUGCGCGCUGCGUUGCAAAACUAAACAACGGCGAAACUGAAGGUCAGUUAAGAUUCCUAUUGGGCUUUGAUUUUGGGAACCUGUAGCUGGUCGCUAUUCCAUUUACCGUUUUGAAUGUAAUUCACUAGUGUGUCCUUAUUGUAAAACCAACUAAAUAAGAAACCAAGCAGAAUCAAACAAAGAAUCCCUAGAUGAUAAAUACGCUUUGAGUAUUAUGCGGUAAAAGAAAAAACAACCAAAACGAA